UUGAAUACAAUUGUGUAACUUCACUCAUAACGUUGCCUUGUAACAUGAGAAAGCGACAGUGAUGACAGUAAAUGCACCGUGAAUGGGAAGCAGCAUCAUCUUUUUCCUGAGAAAUGUGUCGCUUGUUAUUUAUAAAAUGAGUUCAACGGUUCGAUCAUCACUUUUGCGUCACUGAGAGGAAAGAGGGGCGUGGCUUGACGGGGUUCUUGAAGGCAGCACGGAGGUGUAGCGGGAGGUGGAGACAGCAGGGAGCAACACUAACCACAAGCGUUGCUAAACUUCACCAUUCUGUCUGCUUCCUCUUUCAUCGACGGUUUGACGAGCUUCUGAACCAAGGACCAGGACGUGGAGCAGCCAUGGGCGUCGAGGGGGGAAUGAAAUGUGUCAAGUUCCUGCUCUUCUUCUUCAACUUCAUCUUCUGGGUGUGCGGCCUGGCGCUGAUCGUGAUCGGCAUCCUGGCCCAGGUGGCGCUACACAACACCCUGCUGAUUGAGGACGCCUCGGCGUCCGGGGGCCCCAUCGUGGUCAUCAUCGUGGGCGUGGUCAUCUUCUUCAUCGCGUUCUUCGGCUGCUGCGGCGCUUGGAAGGAGAACUACUGCAUGGUUACCACGUUUGCCAUCCUGGUGAGCCUGAUCAUCCUGGUGGAGAUCGCCGCCGCCAUCGCCGGCUACGUCUUCAGGAACAAGCUGUCCGUGGUGGUCCAGAGCAGCCUCACCGAGAUGAUCUCCAAGUACAACUCCAGCUCUGCUGAGUUCAGGGACAGUGUGGACAAGCUGCAGCAGGGCCUGCACUGCUGCGGCGUCAACAGCUCGUCCGACUGGAGGAGCUACUCCAGUCAGGAAAACACCGUCCCCGACUCGUGCUGCAUAAAAGAGAGCACGGGCUGCGGCGUCGGGGCCAUGACCGACAAGACCAAGGUCUACCAGCAGGGCUGCCAUGACGUCUUAGAAGAGCUGCUGAAGAAAAACAUCCUGUGGGUGAUCGUGGCCGCCAUCGUCAUCGCUGCCUUGCAGCUCCUGGGCGUGGUGUUCGCCUGCGUGUUGAUGAGAGGCAUCCGCAGUGGCUACGAGGUCAUGUGACCCCACUAGUCCCCCCCCGUCCCCCAGCCAUCGCCGUCUCUCUACAGGAAGGUUUCUGGUCCGCGGUUUCCGUUCCUUUCUCUCUCACCUCUGGUUCUGACGCCUCACCGCUGCUUCUGUUUUUAAUGAACGACCCGCCGGUACAACACUUUUUACUUUAUUCCACACGGUAAACAUGAUUCAGAACAACCGCAAAUCAUAUCAAUAAAAAAAUAGAAAAGUCAGUGGCGUGUGCGUC